AUGGUUGACAUCUUGGCCUGGGCCGUCGGAUGGCGGUGGGAGAAUCUCGGAGGGCGGCGGUACUUCCUGCACCGUACACUCAGGGAAGUGUACUUCCAGCUCCGUCUCGACGAUCGCCUCCACCUUCCCCCUCCUCCAUCCCUCAGUGUUCCGGAGGCUCGCAUUUUCCGAGCUAAGGCUGGAUCUUCCGAAAUCUUCUCAUUGAACGACAUGGAAGCAAUUCGGGCCUUCUUGAACCACAAGGAUUUUCUAUAUCGUUCGAAAAAUUGGGUCGUGAGGGAGAUUGUUGAGCUCGGAUUCAGCGGUUACGGAGGCGCGCCAUGGGACAUAAACCGCCGCUUCUCAUUGAAGAUUCUACGCGAACUUGGAUUUGGGAGAUCGGCCAUGGGAGAGAUAAUCUCUGAAGGAUCUCGACUUCUGCUGAAUAAAAUAGCCGAGUCCAAAGGACAACCCAUAGAUCUGUUCGACCUCAUUCUGGGCAGCGUUUCGAGCAACUUCGAAGUGCUUCUUCUUGGUUACCGCUACCCACUGGAGCACCCAGAACACCAGCUUCUGUGCCAGGCACUUCGUGAUGAAUUUAGGACUACCCGGGACGGCAGCGUGCUGUCAUUUUUUCCGUCUUUGGCAAAGGCUGUAGCCAAGUGGCUUCCCUGCUCGCAGACGGCCACACUGUUCGCAGCCAUGAAAUGGAUCGAAAAAUUCUCGAGCACCCGCCUGUCCGACCACAUGGACGCGCUCAAUGAAAAAGAUGGAGGCGAUUUUAUUGCUGCCUACUUAAGAAGGACCAAGGAACACAAUCAGAAGAAGGAGCCGGCGUAUGGCUUGCCCUGCCUGGUUGGAAACAUUGUUAGUUUUUUGGUUGCCGGCGCUGUCAGCGCGUCGGCCUCGCUGAUGCGGGAACUGCUGCUAGUCGCCGCCAACCCGGACACAAUCCAGGAGCGCAUACGGAAAGAAAUCGACGCUGUCGUGGGCAGCGAGCGCCGACCGGCUUGGGAUGACAGAGUCUCGACUCCGUACACGAUGGCAUUUAUCUGGGAGACACACCGGCUCUACACCAUUGCGCCACUCGGACUGCCGAGACGAGCAUACAAAGAUGUCGUCAUAGGCCAACACUUUAUUCCGAAAGACGCGACUGUGGUGCCAAACAUAUGGGCGGUGCACAACAAUCCGGUAAUUUGGAAAGAUCCUGCCAAGUUCGAUCCAAAGCGCUUCUUGAAGAGUGACGGCUCCCUAUCCAAGAAAAAGUUCAAGAAGGUGAUACCCUUUUCUGUCGGUAGAAGAAUGUGUCCUGGAGAAAGCUUCGCAUCGGUUGAGAUCUACGUAUACCUGACAAGCAUCCUGCAGAAUUUCCACGUACUUCCAGUAAAAGGAGAUGUAGUCGACGUGAACUUGAAGUACGGUGAAAUCAUGCUGCCUGGGCGUCAGAUGCUGCGAUGCAUUCCACGAAUUAAUGCAGCAACGUGAUGUGAUGAGUCGUGUAAUAUCAUAUCACUUUUGUUCUGACCGUGGAUGCUUGCGGACAUGGUGUACGCGUGUAAAUACCCGAGGAUCCGCAAUGGAUCCCUGAUCGCACGACGACUACUG